AUGUCAUCAAACUCCAAACCAAAUUCACAUCCAGCUACUAAUUCAAAGGCUCAUCUGAAAGCCGACGAGUUAAUAGAUCACAACCAGUUUGGGGUUGCUAUUCAAAGAGGAAACACGAAUGGUUCUAAUGAAGUCGAUGAUCCUUCUUCGACUGAGAAUGGAAAUGAUAGGAAUAAUAACCAUGGUGGUACUUAUUCUUCGGACCACGCACAUGAUAUUAACGGGGUGGAAACCUCAUCUUAUACAAAUAGAGAAACUUAUGAUGUACCUGUUCCUCCUCCAAACUACCCCUUUAACGACCACUCGCCUCAAACUUAUUCUUCCAAACAUACACGUUCAACUAACGAUGGAGAGGGCUCAUCUUAUACAGAUAGAGAAGGACAUAGAAUACCAGUUCUUUCUCCCAGCUAUCUUUCCAAGGCACAGGCAUUCGACCGUAUGAAUAUAAUGUCAGAAAUAGAUCCCGAUUACAAGUUUAAGGAGCUUUUCAAAAGAGAUAUCAAAUCCCAAAUUUCCUUUGCCUUCGAGGAUUUUGUGUUCAAGAAGGACAAUCUUUUCUGGCAAUCUGCAGCCCUUCAAAUAGGGUUAAAUGUAUUCAUGGGAAUCAAAGAAUACUUUCUUAACCCUGACACAUUUGUCUUAACUCCAGAAACUGAUAUCCCGGCAUUGUGUCUUUUUCCUCACCCUGCCACCCCGAAGUACAGUUUCAUGUAUCUAGAGCUAGUGGACACCCUAUUGACGGACAAGAUGUUAUCAUAUGGAUCUCUUGCUGAGAAGUUUACCAAGCCUGCCGGCCUUAUUCGGAUGAAGGACAUUAUACAAUAUAUCGAUAGGUGCAAAUACCAACAAAGGCUCAAUCAAAGAUAUCCUUUAAUGGAUCGGAUAAACGUUUUAAGUGGGGAGUAUAUGAAGUGGAGUAGUGACCCAGAUGGAUAUGUAUUCAUACGUCCUGGUGCAGUGGCUCAAGCAUUGGCAGCUGAUCCUCAAGUUUCCCGAGCUUCUAAUGGAACUUUCAAAACUGGUGUUCGCAGACCCGCAAACGAUCAAUCGAAUGAAGUUGAUACUCUUCCAAAAGCAGAAACUGACCAAAUUGCCAUUACUAACAACGGAAAUGGAAAUGCCAAUGACAGCAAGAAGAAAUCCAAGAAGAAAGGCGAUCGAGUUGAAAAGAAAAAGAAAAAAAGUAGUAGAAAAAGGAAGCUUAUAGAAUUUCAAACAGGUGACGGAAUGCAACAAUCUGUUCCGAAUCAAACCGAAUUCAGAGGUCAUGCACAGGGAGAACUAUAA